GACGGACUUGAGCAACAGUAAAGAAAACCCUGUCAGCCAGGGCCACAAGCUGCAGGAGAAACGUCUGGAAAUAAAGCAUAAUUUCUGUUAGGGAUUAUCAUCACGCCCUCAGAUUAAAAGGAUGGCGCAGUGGUGCCAGCUGCAGAUGCUGGACUCCAAGUACCUGGAGCAGGUGGACCAGCUGUACGACGACUCCUUCCCCAUGGACAUCAGACAGUACCUGAGCAAGUGGAUCGAGAGCAUCGACUGGGACACAGUGGCAGUGCAGGAUUCUCUGGCCACCGUGCGGUUCCACGACCUCCUGGCUCAGCUGGACGACCAGCACAGCCGCUUCGCCCUGGAGAACAACCUGCUGCUGCAGCACAACAUCCGCCGCAUCAAGAGGAACCUGCAGGACCGGUUCCAGGAGGACCCCGUCCACAUGGCCAUGAUCAUCUGCAGGAACCUGAAGGAGGAACGCAAGAUCCUGGGCAACGCCAAGAGCACCGAGGCCGGAGGAGAGGGAACCGUGUCGGCCAUGGCGGUGGAGAAGCUGAAGCUGGACAGCAAAGUGAAGGAGAUGAAAGAACAAGUCCAGGUGGUGGAUCAGAACAUCAAGAGCGUGGAGGAUCUGCAGGACGAAUACGACUUCAAAAUGAACACGCUGAAGAACCGAGAGAACGAGAUGAACGGCAUGACGCCCAAGGAGCUGGAGAAGGAGAGGAUGACUCUGGGGAUGAUGUGCUACGAGCUGAAGACAAAGCGGCAGGCCGUGGUGGGCCAGCUGGCCGAGGUCCUGAACGUCACCAACACUCUGCUGACGGAGCUCAUCUCCGAGGAGCUGCCCGAGUGGAAGCAGCGGCAGCAGAUCGCCUGCAUCGGCGGGCCGCCCAACGCCUGUGUGGACCAGCUGCAGAACUGGUUCACGGCGGUGGCAGAGACCCUGCAGCAGGUGCGGCAGCAGCUGAAGAAGCUGCAGGAGUUGGAGCAGAAGUUCACGUACGAGAGCGACCCGAUCACGCAGAAGAAAUCCUUCCUGGAGGCUCGAGCCCUCGAGCUGCUCAAGAACCUGCUCACCAACUCCCUGGUGGUGGAGAGGCAGCCCUGCAUGCCCACACACCCUCACAGGCCGCUGGUCCUGAAAACAGGCGUCCAGUUCACCGUCAAACUGCGGUUCCUGGUGAAGCUGCAGGAGUUCAACUACCAGCUCAAAGUCAAGGCCUUGUUUGAUAAGGAUGUAGCAGACAAGAAAGGUUUUCGGAAGUUCAACAUUUUGGGAACCAGCACUAAAGUCAUGAACAUGGAGGAGUCAAACGGCAGCCUGGCGGCGGAGUUCAGACAUUUGCAACUGAAAGAGCAGAAAGUCGCCGGCAACCGAACAAAUGAGGGUCCUCUGAUCGUCACCGAGGAGCUUCACUCCAUCUGUUUUGAUUCAGAGCUUCAGCUCAAUCAGUCGGGCCUGGACAUCAAACUGGAGACGAUGUCUCUGCCUGUCGUUGUCAUCUCCAACGUGAGCCAGCUGCCCAGCGGCUGGGCCUCCAUCCUCUGGUACAACAUGCUGACCACCGAGCCCAAGAACCUGAAGUUCUUCCUGUCCCCGCCGCCGGCCACCUGGUCUCAGCUGUCUGACGUUCUCAGCUGGCAGUUCUCCUCCGUCACCAAGAGAGGCCUGAACCAGGAGCAGCUCCACAUGCUGGCCGACAAGCUGCUCGGUGCCAAAGCCCAGAGGAACCCGGAGGGACAAAUCCCGUGGACCAAGUUCUGCAAGAGCCCGAAUGAGAAGAGCUUCCCGUUCUGGUUGUGGAUCGAAGGAAUCCUGGAUCUGAUAAAGAGACACCUCCUGUCGCUCUGGAACGACGGCUCCAUCAUGGGCUUCAUCAGUAAGGAGCGGGAGAAGGCCAUGCUGAGUGACAAAUGUCCCGGGACGUUCCUGCUGAGGUUCAGCGAGAGCAGCAGGGAGGGAGCCAUCACCUUCACCUGGAUCGAGCACGACAUGCACGACAAGCCGGUGUUCCACUCGGUGGAGCCGUACACCAAGAAGGAGCUGACCGCCGUCUCGCUGCCUGACAUCAUCCGCACCUACAAGGUGAUGGCGGCCGAGAACAUCCCGGAGAACCCGCUGCGCUUCCUGUACCCCGACAUCCCCAAGGACAAGGCCUUCGGGAAAUACUACCCCAAAGCCUCAGAGACUCAAGAGCCGAUGGACGUGGAGGACACCGAGAAGAGCGGCUACAUGAAGACGGAGCUCAUCUCCGUAUCAGAAGUCCACCCGUCCAGACUGCAGGACAACAUGAUGCCCAUGUCUCCGGACAUCGCCAAGGCUCUGGAGCAGUACGUCAGCCCCCGAGACAUCGACGCUGUGACCAACAAUCUGCUCCAAUUGACAGACUUUGACACUGAGAUGAGUGCCGACUUCGAGGAAGGAGGUUUGGACCAAAACUGAAGGAAGAGGCUACGAGUUGUUUUAAAUCCUGAUCUACGUUUUUAUGAGGGGCCUUUAUUUUGGUGACAGUAUGUGCAGGAUUAUUCUUCAGGACGGCUGAGAUCAGCUGGGUCACGGCUCCUUCAUUAUGAUGGAGAAAAAAAAUUUACAGAGCCGGGGAAUAUUCCAAGAAUAUUCCAAGAUAAAAAUUUCUGAGGUUAAAGUCAGAAAUUUACUGUGAAAAAACUCACAAAUUGAUGAGACAAAAAACUUGGCAAAAUAGUUUUUCUUAGCCCUUUUUUCGGAAACUGUAUAAUCUAAGAAUUCACAAGUUUAUCCUCAUAAAUGUGUGGGUUUUUUCUCAUAAAUUUGCCACUUUAAUCUCAGGGAAUAGCCAAGUGUUUUUUCUCGUAAUAUUUUUCUUUCUUUCUACAAUGGCCCGAAUAUGCCAUCGUCCCUAAUGUGCUCACUUCAGAAAAAAGAGAUAAUCCAGAAUGAAUGAAUGUAAUGCACUUCUGUAACAGAGAGAAUUUUUUCUCCUGAAAUUAUUUUUUACGAUUAUUUUAACUUCCUCCUCUGCCCUCUCCAAACCUGCCUGUACCUACGAUUGUGUUUUCUUGCUGUAUAUACAUAUAUGUGUUAUUGUAUAAAUAAUGUGAAGUCUGUCAGUGCACCUUCCUCACACAUUGUGUUGAUUUCAGCGACGUGGAGAACGCUGACUCUGCUGUUGCUGCUACAUUAAAAAAAACACAAAUGAUCA